UUCUCAAACACACAAAUCGCUCUCAAAUCGGGUUAUAAUAAGUACUUAAGUAUUGACAGUAAGAGUCGAUUAGUCGGUCGAUCGGAAGCCAUCGGUUCGCGGGAACAGUUUGAACCCGUUUUUCAGGAAAAGAAAUUGGCUCUUCUGGGCUCUAACGGGUGCUUUAUGUCGGCCGAUGAGGACAACGAUUUGCCGUACAUUAUAGCCAGGAGUUCGACCGCCGGCGCCGAACAGAUGGUCAAAAUUAGGACUAAUAUCGACCCCGAAAUGGUUCGGAGGGAACGCAUCGCCAAAUCGACAGCCGAUGAAGAAAAGGGUUCUCUUAAAGAAGCGGAAGUGAAUUACGUGAAGAAAUUCCAGAGCUUUCAGGACAAGAAGUUACGCAUAAACACCGGUCAGACUGUCGUCUUAGAGUCGGCCAAAGCAGAGGGAAGACUACACGAAGUACUGCUCGACAGGAGAGCGAAGAUGAAGUCCGACAAGUUUUGCAAAUAA